AAAGAAGAGACGAGGCAAAGGAGAGUCACACUGCAACCUACACAGGUUUAGAAGAAACCACAAGAAACACAGAAAAUGAAGGUCUUUGCUUUUGCUCUUCUGCUCCUGGUGGCCGUCACUUACGGUGAGGCCCUGCAGUGUCAGAACUGUGUCCGUCAGACUCCUGACGGACCCGACUGUGUGCCGACUGUGGAAACCUGUCCUCCAGACUUGGACGCCUGCGCCAAAAUUACCUACCCUGCCCCUUAUGAGAACGUUUUCCACAAGUCCUGCUUCAAGAUGAAUGAGUGUCUGAAGCUGGGAUUCACUCAGGGUCUGCAGGUCAGCUGCUGCAACUGGGACGACUGCAACAAAUAAGACUCCACCUGGACCAAGAGAUACCUUACAUAACCCGGUUAAAACACAAUAAAAAACGUGAAGCAAGCCUUAUUGUU